AUGCCAAUCUUAUCCGAUUCAUCAAGAAGUAUUGUUACAGACAAUGGAACGAGAUUACCUUACGAUAAGAUGUUUAAUUCUUCUCCAGCAAUGGAGAAUCGAAAACGACAUACUUGUAGCAGCACUCAAGGAGGUUCACUUCCAAUGUAUAAUACUAUUUCUUCCCCAACUACAUCACCAACUUCUCCGUCGAGCAUUCCUUUGUCGCCAAGUAUCAAUAUUUUGACUACUUCAUCCACGCCAUCAUCACAUGGAUCAGACUCGAAUGAUCAACAAAAAAAUAACGCGAAUAUAAUAAAAGAAGAAACUAGAGAUGAUGAAAGUACAACUACCGCAGUUCCGUCCGAAAGAAAAUUACUACCAUCUGAUCUACCAAAAAUUGCUACGAAUUUUGUUCAAGACCCAAAGAACAAUAAUUUAAAGAUUUCUUCCUUUUAUGUGCCACCAAAGAGGCCUCAACAUCAACGUAUAGCUUCGGAUGAUGACGCGUUAGCUACAUUACCAAGUCCCGCUACUUCAGUUUGUGACUUUCCUGCUGCACAUUAUUUAAAACAUAAACCACCAAUUCGGAAAAUAAGUUCAUCAAGUUUGAAUGCAGAUAAUCAAAAUUACCCGCAUCAGCGUUCAUCUUCCGAAAGUUAUUUGCAAAAUGGUAAUUCGGUUGUAGAAGAAUUUAAUCAAACAAGUGAUGAUACAGGCCCAAUAUUUGGUCAUCAUACGUUACAACAAAGAUUAUCGAAACUUGGUUUGUCAAAAGGUGCAGAAUUAAUCAGUCAUUAUGUGAUUUUAAAAAAAAUUGGUAAAGGUUCUUUUUCAACAGUGAAAUUAGCGAUUGACUUGAAUACUUGCAAAAAAGUAGCAAUUAAAAUGAUUGAGAUAAAAGGAAUUCAAGACAGUGAAAGGUUAAAGGCAAGCGUAUCUAGGGAAGUUGAACUUUUAAAGUAUAUUAAUCACCCAAACAUUGUUGGACUUUUGGAUACAAUUGACACACCGACACAUCUUUGUCUUGUUCUUGAAUAUGUUCCAGGAGGUGAAUUAUUUGAUUAUGUGAAUGAGAAUUAUGAAAAUUCAACUGAAGAAGAAAGUAAGCAUAUAUUCCUUCAGCUAGUUAACAUCAUAGAAUAUUUACAUGAAAAUAAUAUUGUACACCGAGAUUUGAAAUUAGAGAAUAUUUUAAUAGAUUCAUCAUCACCAGAUGAACCAAUUAUUAUUAAAUUAACAGAUUUUGGUUUGGCAAAGUUCAUUAAUAAAUCAUCCCCAAUUUUAACUACACGAUGUGGAUCGGAAGAAUACGCGGCACCUGAACUUAUAUCGGGAAAUCCAUAUGAUGGACGUAAGACCGAUAUAUGGUCAUUGGGAAUUAUUUUAUAUGCUUUAUUGGUUGGUUAUUUACCUUUUAAUUUAGAACCUGGUCAAUCAAGAAGACAAUUUUUUAGUAAGAUUAUUAGAGCAGAUUUUACCUUUCCAGAUAGUCAAAAUGAAACUGAUAGUAGAAGAUCUAGAAUUAGUGAUGAAGCCAAAAAUCUUGUUAACAGAAUUUUGCAAAAUAAUCCUCAGAGGCGUCCCACUUUAAGUGAAAUUAAAAAUCAUCCAUGGUUAAGUGAUGUUACUAUUUGA